CAAACGUACAGCCAGAGCCAGAAAAUGAAGAACAAUAUGGCUACGACUACCAUUGCUGGACUUAAGAGAAAAUCGCCACCAGAUGAUGUGUGUACUGAUGUCGAAUUAUCAAUCAGCUUUCAGGAUGGGAAUAAGUUGUUCUUCAAGGUGAAGCAUGAUUUGGAAUUUUUUGAUGUAUUCAGAGAUUUCUGUAAUAGAAAGAAGUUGGAAUUCGAGACCUUGAAGUUCAUACAUGAAGGUACUGAAGUUAAGGGGCGUCAAACACCCAAAAUGCUGAAUUUGGAAAAUGGUGCCGAGAUAUUUGCCGUGAGAAGCCAAGUUGGUGGUGGCGUGUCUUGUUGAGAGGGGUUAUUUCAGUGUUUUAUUGAGAGGGGUUAUUUCAAUUGGUAAGAUGUUGGAAAAUGGUUGUUACAUUGCAUUACUUUAACUGUUAUGGUUAUAUUAUAAAAAAAAAAAAAACUUAGUACUUCA